AUGGUGUGUUGUUGUUUUUCUAGCAAAUAUGAAUCUCGUUGCACCAGAGUUGCCCGUAAUACCAAUGAUCCAGUCUGGAUUCACAACUUCACAUUUGAAAACUUCGUGAUCAAUUCCAAAGAACUAGAAGUUGCCAUCUUCGAUUACUUUCAGGGCAGAACGGCUUUCAUUGGAGAGGUCCUUAUCAACCUGCAGGUGGCUGACUUAUCCGGACGUGCCUACUGGUAUCCCAUUCCCCCAGUUUGGGAUACUGGUGAUCAGGAUCUUUCUAGUCAGGUUCGUCUAUUUUUACUGUUAGGACAUCCGCGCUCGUAUCGAUAA